UUACUUAUAGUUAUAGCACAUGUUAAGAUGAAAUCUUUUGUAUUGUUAUAUGUUUUGUCGGAAUUAGCAAACUAUGUGGGACUGACUGAUGGAUAUUUGGUUGGCGCUGGACUCAAUGUCCGUUUCGCUCAACUCCUGUACACCGACACCAAGUAUCAAGUAUUAAGAGAAGAGAUGAUUAAGAUCAACACACGUAACCUGGUGUACCACUGCAGAGCGGACAAGAGUGACUGUGACAUGGCGCUUGCUAAAAUGCGGUACAAAGCCAGCAAACAUUUCUAUGCGCUUUCUAAAGCUGUGGUCGACUACGUGAAGAAUAAACGACAAGCCCGCCCUACUGGAUAUGUUGGCACCGCGACAUUUUGCCAGGACAACAUCUGCGUACCGGAUACCGAUCCGCCGAUCGUGUACGGUGGCUGCUACACGCUGGUGUCAUGCGGUGGCAACCAGACAUGGCAUUUGGAUCCCGUCGUCUACAAAAAGAAGAAGAGCAGAUUCUUUUAA